CCCUCUGCUCUCCAGAGUGGUGCAGUCCAGCAGACAGACGGGGUACUGGGACCGCUGAUACCGGAGGAGCAUGAGUCAUGACCUCAGUGGUGCUGGUCGAUAAUGGUGGGACGGUGGUGGAGUAUGUCACAGCUGAAGAGGAGGACCCUCAACAGGAGGGAGAGGGGGAGGGGGACCUGGAGUUGGAAGGAGAGGGAGAAGGCGAGUGUGAAGAUGAGGAGGCCUAUGAAGAGGUGCAGGACAGAGAGGAGGCUGAGUACUUCCCAGCAGUCAUUGUGGAGGAGGUGCCCGGCGCCAGCAUGGCUGAGGAGCAGGGCUACUCCGCCCAGGUGUUGGUGUACGACGACGAGGUCUACCAGAUGCAGGAAGUGGGGGAUGAGCAGGAGGUGGAGACAGAAGUGGUGGCAGGUGAGACAGAAAUACUCCUGUGUUUAAUAUCCUUUUGGCGCUGUGGGUGGGUUAUAUAAUAUGCGCGAGA